GUUGCCAUGACGAUUUAUAACUGCUCUCUGUUUCUCUUUCGCUUGCCUUAUCGACAAUUUGUUAGAAAAAUAACCACACUCAAAAAUGCAUCCGAUAAACUUCACCCUAAUGUAAUUCUAACAGAAGAAAAUAAGAAAGCGUGCAUCUCAAGACUGAAACAACUGCGACCUAUGAAGAUAAAGGACAAUGAAAAAAAAGCUGCUGUGCUGGUACCACUUUGUUUGUACAAUAAUGAAUUAGGAUUGUUGUACACCCUUAGAUCAUUUAAGCUGAGCACCAACAGAGGCCAGGUGUCGUUUCCUGGUGGAAUACAGGAUAGUGAAGACAAAAGCUACGAAGAAACCGCGGUCCGCGAAACCUGGGAAGAACUAAGACUUCCCAGAGAUAAAGUAGAAAUCUGGUCCCGAGGGAACUUCGUCGGCAGAAAUGACGUCGAUGUGAUGCCGGUGGUUGGUUUUGUUGGAGAAAUUGACCCCAAGAAAUUGGAUAUCAACUCCGAAGAAGUUGACGAAGCUUUUGUGGUAAGUUUGAAGGACUUAUGCGAUCCAGAUAAGUCCGGGUACACUUAUUUUAAGAAAGGGUUUCUCUUGCCGGCUUACACGGGUGGUAAGCAUCGAAUUUGGGGGCUCACUGCUGUCAUCACUCAUGUUAUUAUGAAGACUCUGGCUCCUGAGUUAUUUGUAGUGCAGUUGAGAGGACUUAUCGUCAGGGAAAAUUGGUUGUGA